CAUAAAUUUAGUGAGAUACUCAACUGCUAAAAGCUUGGUGCAUCUCACAAGAAUGAGUAUAACUGAUUGUGAUUUGGUAGGAGAAAUAGUUGUGUGCUCGGACGAUGAUGUGAAGGAUGGAAUUGUCCUUAGCAAACUCAAGUAUUUGCAACUUUGUAGUCUGCCCAGACUUUCAAGCUUUUGCUCUGUUAAAUGCAAGUUUGAGUUCCCAGUUUUGGAAGAGGUGAUUUUGAUGGAUUGUCCAAGUCUGCAGAUUUUCUCUAUGGAUGAAAUGAGAACACCAAAGCUGCAGAAAGUAAAAUUGACUGGAGACGAAGAUGAAGAGCUUUGGAAUGGCAACCUAAACUCGACCAUACAACUACAGUUCCUGCAAAAGAGUGGAGGUGAUCCUGAAAAUUGAGAUAAGACAAAUUGCGGCUCAUGUCCUUUCCAAGUGAAGUUUGAUAGUGAGUUGGUCCAUCAUCUCUAGACCUGCUUGAUAAAGAUAUUUCUCUUGUAAACAUUAUGCAUGGAGCUAUAUUGAGGCUGCUUUCUUAGUUCCUUGCAGGUUUGAAUGAUGUACGCAUACGUGGGAUGUGAAUUUGCAAAGUUGUCACAUUGCUUGAGGUUGAUGCCCAGAAUGUUACCUCACUAAAACUGAUCCCUUUUU